GCAGAUUAUCCAGGUAGAAUCAGGAGAGGUGGAUCGUAUUUCGCAGAGAAUCAAUGACUUUCUUUAUCAGUCGUCCACGUGAGCCAUCGCUGACAGGCUGCUCAGUUCCUGUGUUUGGGAAUAAAGUGACAGAAAAGGUUAUUUCUAGUUAAACCCUUUCCCACAAUUGUCAAAGGCCACCCUGGGGCGGACCUGAAAUGUAAUAUCAAUGGUCGGUGAAAACAGGAAACUGCAGUGAAGCUUCUCUGACUCCGUCUCAUCAUUAAACAUGGAUUUUGGAGUAGGGGUAACACUGUUUCUGGUUUUCUGUACCUCCUGCCUUAUUUAUCUGGUUACCUGGAUAAGAAACAGUAAGAAAAAUGGGAUGCCCCCUGGACCGAUCUCUCUUCCUCUCAUUGGGAACCUCCUACAGCUAAAUUUAGAAGAACUACCCGAGCAUUUCACGCAGCUCGCCAAGACUCACGGAACUGUGUUCACUGUACAUUUGGGGACCACGCCAGCUGUUGUCCUGUUUGGAUAUGAUACCAUCAAAGAGGCACUUAUAGACAAUGCAGAUGUGUUCAGUUACCGUGCAAAAUUUCCUGCCCUGGAACUUGUGUUCAAAAACAACGGAGUCUUACUCAGUAACGGGGAAAAAUGGAAACAACUGCGACGUUUCUCUAUUAGUACUCUGAGGAAUUUUGGCAUGGGAAAGAAAAGCAUAGAGGAGAGGAUUCAGGAGGAAGCUCACUUUCUAGGAGAGGAAUUCAAAAAGCAAAAUGGUUCGCCGUUUGACCCUUCGAAUCUCCUUAGUUUGGCAGUUGGCAACGUAAUCUGCUCGGUUGUGUUUGGGCAGCGUUUUGAAUACGAAGAUCAGAAGUUUUUGAAACUCCUCAGAAUGAUGACAAAAAUCUUAGAAAUUCUGAACUCGCAUAUGGGGCUGCUACUUAACACCUUUCCCAAAUUGUUCUAUCGGAUCCCCGGGUCCCACCAGCAAAUGUUUAGAAUGUUUUCCAAGCUUCAUGAUUUCAUGAUGGAGAAAGUGAAGGAACAUCAGGAAACACUGGAUGAAAACAACCCCAGGGAUUUUAUUGAUUGUUACUUGAUAAAGAUGGCGCAGGAAAAGGACAAACCUAACACGGAAUUCAAUCGUGAAAAUUUGUUUGCUACCAUUUCAAAUUUGUUCUUUGGUGGAACAGAAACCAUAACAAUGACUCUCAGACAUAGUUUGCGUAUAUUUCUGAAGUACCCAGACAUUUCAAGGAAAAUCCAGGAAGAGAUUGACCUGGUGGUCGGCUUGAGCCGAAGUCCUUCUGUUGAAGACCGUAUCAAGAUGCCCUACACAGAUGCUGUAUUCCAUGAGAUACAGAGAUUUGCUGAUAUAGUUCCCCUAAAUCUUCCACACACUGUCAACCGAACUACCAAAUUCCGAGGUCAUAGUAUCCCACAGGGUACCAUGGUUUUUCCUAUGCUUUCCUCUGCUUUAAAAGAUCCCAAAUAUUUUCGGAACCCAGAAAAGUUUGACCCUGGUCAUUUCCUUGAUGAUAACGGUUGUUUCAAAAAGAAUGAAGCCUUUAUCCCAUUCUCUGCAGGCAAGAGGAUCUGCCCCGGUGAAGGUCUGGCAAAGAUGGAGAUCUUUCUGAUCAUAUCUUCCAUAUUGCAGAAAUUCAACCUAAAAUGUAAUAUGGACCCUUCAAAUAUUGACAUCAGUCCUCAACCGGGUAAUAAUGGCUCGAUCUGCCGCCCAUAUCAGCUGACCUUCAUGUCUCGCUAACAGAGCCUCCAACAAUGACCUCAAAAUCCUUAUCCAUCAUGUAUUUGGAUAUAAGAAACUCUACUUUUCAAACCAUGAGCCUUGCUAUAUAAGCAAGAUGAAUAUAUUAAU